AUGGGUCAUCCCUACGAUCCAUGAAUUCAUCUGAACAUCAAGAUGAAUUGAUAGAUAUUUUGAGUAACGACUACAUCGGAAAAGCAAGUAAGAAUAGAAGAAUAGGUGUCUUGGAUCUACGCAAAUUAGACCAAUCGGAGCAUAAUGGACGCAUAGAAUCGGCUCUAUGUAUUGAGGAUGGAUUACACGGCUUGAAAGAGCGAUUCUCUUGGCUACCGCCACGGAAUAAGAAGCAAGAUGGACAAGACCGUCUUGGAACAAAUGCAUCAGGGAAGAGCUUAGUUGUAUUGUGCAAUGUGGACGAAUUACAAGACGUGAAAGUCGCCUUGGAGGGAUGGGACGUUGCUGGCUUCAUCACAGAGAAUGAUACCUUAUUCUGGAAAGAGGCCACCAAAUGUGGGCUGGUCAAGAUAAAUGCGGACAACGAUGAUGUGCCGGACCUUUUGUUCGAGCCCUCACAGUUAGCAAGAAUUGUAGUAGAGAAAUUAGAAAGGUCGCAAGAAGAAUGUGAGACUUCUCCAGUCACUCUUCUGGACUUGGGUUGCGGUGCCGGACGAGAUCUGGCAUGGAUCGCUCGAAACCUCUCUUCAGGCUGGCGAUUGUCAGGGAUCGAUAACCUCCAUUCCAUCGUAAGACGUGCUCGAUUACUGGUCAAAGACAUGAAACUGGGCACCGAGGAGAGCAAAGAUGAAUACCCUUCCUCAACCAGAUCUGCAAUCGAAUCUAUAGUAUGGGCUCAAGUCAGUAGCGAAGGUAGCUUGCAGGCGUUGAAACAUACUAUUGAAGGCUCAACGGCAAAUCAUGGUAUACCCGUUUCGUCCUGCAAUGAAGAUGAAAGCGUUGCUCAGCGUUUGUCUGCUUUUGCCAGCGAGCAUCUUCCACAUCGUACGUUCGACAUUCUCUUUCUUGUUCGAUUCUUUCCCAUAGCCCUCUUACACCAUCUUCCGACAUUGUCCCACAUUGGAGGAUGGAUUGCUAUCAGUCACUUUACCACUGUAACAGAAGCGGACGAACAUGCAUCUGGGAGAAUAAUCAACUCGGAACAGGUCAAUCGAGCUUACUCUGGCCCACCCAUCGGGAAAAGAUUUGAGCUGGAGCACAUCACCGAGUUGCUAGAAAACUGGAAGAAAGUUUCAAACACCGAAUGGUCUGUGACAUUUCACCAUAUAAUACCAUGUGAGGAUGGCAGACCUUUACGAAACGUAAUUUUCUGUAGAACAAAGUGAAUUAAUGCAUGAUGUAGUACAGCAAAUAGCAAAGCGUGCAAUCUAUUCUACUUGUAUAGUCUAUAGACGAGGACCUCGAACAGGCAACUUUAUACG